AUGGCAGCAUCCGUAAGAAAAAAACUUGUCAUUGUCGGCGACGGUGCCUGCGGAAAAACUUGUCUGCUCAUUGUGUUUUCCAAAGAUCAAUUCCCUGAAGUAUAUGUACCUACUGUGUUUGAGAACUAUGUAGCUGAUAUAGAAGUCGAUGGCAAACAAGUAGAACUAGCACUGUGGGAUACAGCGGGUCAAGAAGAUUAUGAUAGACUAAGACCAUUGUCGUAUCCUGACACGGAUGUUAUCCUUAUGUGUUUCUCCAUAGAUUCACCAGAUUCAUUAGAGAAUAUCCCAGAGAAAUGGACACCAGAGGUAAAACAUUUCUGUCCAAAUGUGCCGAUUAUACUGGUCGGUAACAAAAAAGACUUGCGUAAUGAUCCCAAUACAAUUCGUGAGUUGAACAAGAUGAAACAAGAGCCUGUGAGGCCAGAAGAAGGGCGAGCAAUGGCCGAAAAGAUCAAUGCAUUUGCUUAUUUGGAAUGUUCAGCAAAGAGCAAAGAAGGAGUUCGUGAAGUUUUUGAAACAUCAACAAGAGCUGCUCUUCAAGUAAAGAAAAAGAAGAAAGGCAAAUGUGCCUUGUUGUAAGUGAUGUCUUUUCAAGAAUAUAAAAAUCUACUUAGAAAAUAAAAUAUAUCAUAUUUUUAUACAAUUUUUCAAAUUACCAUGUCGUUUUAAGGAUUUUCAGCAUUUAAAACAAAUAAACCUGAUUGUACAAAUCAUGGUGCAAGACAAAAAAUAUCAUUUUAUUUUUCUAUAAUAAACACUAUAAUUAUAAUCAUGUAUUCCUAUUGUUUGCCAAAAUAUGUACAAAGCAAAACUGUUGGGGAGAAUUUUUAUCGGGUAAUCACUAAUCAUAGUGCAUUUUGUA